AAAACCACUUUUAAAUUACAUUUAAUUAAAUGAAUUACGUAAUCAUUAUGACUGACUUUAUGUGAAGUUAAAGUCCCAGUUUCUAGAACUAUGCAAAAAUUUUGACCUUUUGACAUGAUUGCAAGUGAAUGAAAAUGGAAUUUUAAUGUUUUCAUUAUUUUUUAAGUGCAAUAUUUGAUGUUUAUCGAAGAAUACGUAAAUUAAACAAAAUAAUGCCAGAAGUUUAUAGCCCAUUCGUGUAUUGGUCCCAAUCGGAAGGGAAUAUUACCCUUAAAGUUGAUUUAAAAGACGUAAAGGAUCCAAAUAUUAGUUUGGAGCCAAAACGACUACAAUUUGCAGCUCGUGGACAUGGCGCUAGAGGGGCGCAUAAUUAUGAAUUUUCACUUGAUUUUCAUUCCGAAGUUAACCCGGAGGAAAGUACGUACAAAGUUAUAGAUAGUAAAGUAGAUUUUGCCAUAAAAAAAUCAAAACUUGGGUGGUGGCCCCGUUUAACGGGACGGCCGCAAAAACCGGCUUGGUUAAAAAUUGAUUUUGAUCGCUGGCAAACAGAAAAUGAUGACAUUAACGAUGAUGAAGUACGCGAUGUACGUCAAGAUUAUCCAGAAAUGUUUGAUAAAGUACAAAAAGACGAAUUAGGAUACCGUAAAGAGGAUAUGAAAAAAGUUUAUCUAAUUUUUUACAAUUUAUGCCAAUUUAUUGGAUUCGCAUAUAUAUUUACUGUAAUGGCGAUACGAUAUUUUCGAGAUGGUCCGGAUUCAAUGCCGGGCACAUAUGCGGCUGUGGGUAAUGCAAUUAAAUUUGUACAGUUAAUACAAUUUUUAGAGGUGAUGCACCCAAUGUUUGGAUAUACAAAAGGUAGUCCGUUUCCAGCAUUUUUACAAACUGGUGGCAGAGCUGUGAUAUUAUUUUGUAUGAUCGAAGCGGAACCUCGAAUGCAAGAGAAACCAGUGAUAUUUUAUUUAUUUUUUGUAUGGACACUUAUUGAAUUAGUCAGAUAUCCAUAUUACAUAAGUCAAUUAUACAACAAAGAUAUUGGAUUCUUAACAUGGUUACGAUACACCAUAUGGAUACCAUUAUAUCCAUUAGGUAUUGUGUGUGAAGGUGUCAUUAUAUUACGUAAUAUACCAUAUUUUGAGGAAACACAAAAAUUUACAGUUUCCCUUCCAAAUACAUAUAAUUUUGCAUUUCAUUUUCCAACUGUGAUGCGACUAUAUUUGCUAAUUUUCAUAAUACCCGUUAUGUAUGCAUUAAUGUCACAUAUGUAUAAAGCGCGUGUAAAAAAAUUGGGUCCGAAGAGUUGGCAAAAGAAAUUUGCAUGAGUUUUAUAUUUUUAAAAUAGACCUUUUGUGGAAAUUAAUUUGUGUAUCUUUUAUGCCUUAAUUUACGGAGAUAAUGACUUCAAUAAAUGGUAAUUUUUCAACCUUAAAAUUUCAGCGAAUAAUUUUGAACUUUAAUAUUUAAUAUAAAACAAUCAAGUUUCGAUGGAAGUCUUUGUCUCUGUGAAUGGGGAAAUAGUUAAAAUAUAAUUAGAAGUAGCCAUUUCUCGGAUAUCCUGGCAGAGACUUCUAAGACAAGUGUUGUUGGCUGCUUCAAGUAAUAUAUUAACUAGUUCAAUAAUCCUAAUUUGGAGAUUACUAUAUAAUUCGAAAAAUUCAUAUACAGAUUGUAAUCAAAACCAAAUGGUUGCAGCAGAAAUCGAAAGUUGAGUAUGUUUUUAAAAUCGAUUUCUGUUCAAUGCUUAUGCGACCUUCAGAGUUAUUUAAAAUAAGAAAUAGAAGAUAACUGUAAAUUGAAAAGUUGUUCGUUAUAAGAAAAAAGUAUUUUGUUGGACAAACUUUUUCGUAAAUAAAGAGCCAGCAGAUUUUUUAUCAUUCAUUGCAUUCUGAUAAGCAAUUUGAAUAUGUCAAAAAUCAUCCAAAAUAGGAUUAAUACAUAAUUGUAUUUUUCAAACUUGUUUUCAAAACAUACCAGAAUUUUUGCUUCUAUAAAUCCAUCCUAUUGCCUUCUAUUUUUAAGUGUAAUUCUGAACAGUGAAAGGUCUAUUUACUUAUCCCUUGAAAAUUGUA